AUGGCUCAACAAGAGGAAAAGCUAAUUGAUUUAAUGGAUCAAACAGCGGAUGAGACAGAGGAGCAGACAGCGGAUCAGGCAGAGGAUCAAACGGAGGGUCUGAUGAGAGACGAGGUACCUGUGCACCUCCCCACCGCUGAUGAAGAGACCACCACCACUCUCUCUCCUCCCCUGACUCCCAAUAGGACAGGAGAACAGAAUAAUGACAUACUUCAUCUUAUACACUUUCUGCAGACUUCCAGCAUGCAAGAGCAAGACCGACGACGACAAGAGGAGCAGAACUUCAGACUACAGAUGGAGCAAUCAAGACAAGAAGACAACCAGCGGUUCAUGUCUCUUUUCUCCUUGCUAUCAGGACAGAUUGCGGCAUCGCAACCCCAGCAAACUAACCCCAUGAUUGCACCUCCUGUUACACCUGUUCCCCCACCCCCUGGCUUCUCAGAGAAUACACCUUCAGUUUCUAGCAAGCCUACGGUCCAUCCCCCACCUCUCCUGCAACAAGAUGCAACGUACCAAGCGUUUCGCCAAUGGAGACUCCGUUUUGAGGAUUAUGCAGCAUUAGUUGGACUUGAUAGGUUACAUCAAACUUCCCAGCUGAUUCACCUGAGAACUUGCAUCUCCCUGGACGUCCAGCGCCUGCUUACGCAUACACUGGGCAUCCCUCCCAACACAUCACUUUCCCUUACAGAGGUGUUGGAUACACUCCAAAAGCACUUUCGCAGCCUCAGAAAUGAAGCCUUACGACGCAGGGAAUUGUUGUCCUGCAAACAGGCUCUCGGAGAAUCGUUUGCUGACUACUACGCACGCCUCAAGGAUCUCGCUGAUGAAGUGGACUUAUGCACUGGCAACCCCACCUCCUGCACCGAACGGCAAUUGCAGAUGGUAAUUUUGAUGGGUGUAAGAGACGAAGAGUUAAUACAACGCCUUAUCCCCCUCCAACCCUCAUCUACCCUCGCAGAGUUCGUGACAUGCUGCCGCUCCGCAUCUACAUGUGCGACUGCAUCAGCCAUUGCAUCUUCCCCUAGUCAGGUCAAUGCAUUAUCUACAUACAAGAAGAACCAGCGUCUACAGAAGAGGACUUCUCAUCGAUCUCCUGACCAACGUUCUCACCAGUCUCCUAACAGUGACCUUUGUCAAUAUUGCUCUUGCAAGCACGAUUCCGGACAAUGCCCAGCCACGGGUGCAUCGUGCAAUAACUGCGGACGCACGGGUCAUUGGCCCCGCACUCAGAAAUGCCCUGCUAAGGAAACUCAGUGCAAGACCUGCCAGAAACAGGGACAUUUUGAGAAGAUGUGCAGGUCUACCAAGAAAAGUCAGACUGGGAAUACAGCUUCACCUCCUCCUAAUAAGUCAAAUCCCGGCUGCCGUUUCGUGGGUGAUAACUUGGGUAGCGAGUCCCCCACACCAGUCACUGUCUCUCUGUCAUUUGGCGAUAUAUCAUCACAUCUCCAGCUAAUCCCUGAUACAGGAGCAGACAUCACAGUGAUUGGCACCAUACAUUUGGAUGCACUCCGCAUACCUCGGACAAGGCUCGAACCUCCACCCAUGACAGACGUUGUGACAGCAGAUGGAUCCCCCAUGACACCGGCUGUAGGAUACUUCCAGGCAACACUUUGUCUUGGCAACAAGUCUUGCUCAGCAACCAUACAUGUUCAUGAGGAUAUCCAGACUCCCCUCCUCUCCCGUGAACAUUGCCGAGCCCUCGCCAUAGUGUCACCGGAAUUCCCGAAGCCCAUCCUCAAGGUAAUACAUGUCAACAGAUGCGCUCAGUUUCCUGCCUCUGCCAUAACGUCACUCGCAGCUAUUAAGGACUAUUUUCUUCGGCACUUCAGCGACGUCCUCAUAUCCAAGAAGGAUCUACAAACCCAGCCACUAAAGAAAAUGGCAGGCCCUCCGAUGAGGAUUCACCUGAAACCUGGUGCUACACCAUUCGCUGUGCAUACACCCAGGCCAAUUCCGUUUGCUCUCAGAGAUCAAGUGAAAGAAGAACUUGACUCCUUGGUGCAACAAGGAAUCAUCAGACCAGCAGGCGACGAGCCCUCUGAAUGGUGCCAUCCCAUGGUCUUGGUACCCAAGGACAAAGGUGUGCGCAUCACUGUCGAUAACACCCACCUAAAUUCUCAGGUAGCCCGCCCUACACACCCUUCACCUACGCCCCAUGAUGCCGUCCGCAACAUCUCUCCUACUGCGAAGUACUUCACCACAGCGGAUGCCCUGCAUGGUUAUUGGCAAAUGGAGUUGGCAGAAGAGGACCGCCACCUGACUACAUUUAUAACUCCGUAUGGAAGGUUCCAGCACUGUCGCGGCCCGAUGGGAUUUUCAGCAACAAGUGAUGCAAACUGCCUCCGUGGAGAUAUGGCACUACAAGGUGUUCCCAACUGUGUGAAGGUGGUAGAUGACAUUCUCCUUUCCGAUGAGGAUCUCCCUUCCCACCUACAACACGUGCACCAAAUGCUGACCAGAUGCCGUCAGUAUGGUAUCACCCUCAACAAGGAGAAAUUUACUGUAGCCGCCCCUAAAGUUAACUUUUGCGGUUAUGUCUUAUCAUCCGAUGGUAUUGCAGCAGACCCUGACAAGGUAUCAGCUAUACGCGACUUCCCGACACCGUCCAAUGUCACAGACGUUAGGUUGUUUAUGGGUCUCGUCAAUCAACUUGCUGACUUCACUCCAGACAUCGCAGCAGCAGCACAGCCCCUACGUCCACUUAUGAGCCCCAAACGCUCAUUCGUCUGGACGCCCGACCAUGAGCGAGCAUUUAAGAAAGUCAAGACAGCUCUGACUUCACCACCUGUCCUGGCACCCUUCAAUCCUGCCUCGCCUGUGGUUCUACAAACAGAUGCCUCACGCCUAUACGGUCUCGGCUAUGCCCUACUUCAAGAUAACGGCCGAGGUCAGAUGCAUCUCGUCCAGUGUGGCUCUCGUUUCCUUACGGAUACAGAGACUCGCUACGCCACCAUAGAGCUGGAGCUACUUGCAGUCACUUGGGCUAGUAUCUAA